GCAUUUAUUUAUAUUCCAUCUGUUUGCUUUGUGUGCAGUAUAUAUACGACUGGCAUAUUUUCUUCGCCCUUUUAUAUAUUCUUCUCCACUGCACUUUAAUUUCCCAACUUUUCUUUUUUAUCUGCUGUUUGUUGCUUUACCUUCUUCUUCUUCUUCUUCGUUCUUCUUCUUCUCUGAUAUUAUUCACACAGAAACACACAGUAAUGGGUGACAUUUUACACCCACCCAUGGAGCAGCUUCAAGACCUCGAGUACUGCAUUGAUUCUAAUCCUCCAUGGCCUGAAACGAUUUUGUUAGCGUUUCAGAAUUACAUUCUAGUAGUUGGCACGAGUGUGAUGAUCCCGACGUUGCUCGUCCCUAUGAUGGGUGGAAGUGAUGGUGACAAAGCACGGGUUAUUCAAACGUUGCUUUUCGUAGCUGGGAUUAAAACCCUUCUUCAGACACUGUUUGGUACUAGGUUACCUGCUGUUGUUGGAGGCUCAUUUGCUUAUGUUGUCCCCAUAGCAUAUAUCAUUAACGACUCUUCGUUACUACGGAUUCAUGACCCUCAUUUAAGAUUUAUGCACACUAUGAGAGCUAUCCAAGGAGCUCUAAUUGUUGCUUCGAGUAUACAGAUAAUCCUAGGAUACAGCCAAGUAUGGGGACUCUUUUCACGCUUUUUCAGUCCUCUUGGAAUGGCACCUGUCGUUGGAUUAGUCGGUUUGGGCUUAUUUCAACGAGGAUUCCUGCAGUAACUAGGAAAUUGCGUGGAAAUUGGUUUGCCGAUGCUUAUAUUAGUUAUUGGAUUUUCACAAUAUCUGAAGCAUAUAAAACCGAUAAGGGACUUCCCCAUAUUCGAACGUUUCCCUGUAUUGAUCAGUGUAUCUAUUGUUUGGAUAUACGCUCUCAUACUAACGGCUAGUCAAGCUUACCGUGACAAACCAAAUGCUACUCAGAUAAGUUGUCGUACUGACAGGGCCGGUCUCAUUUCGACAGCUCCAUGGUUUAAGUUCCCUUAUCCUCUUCAGUGGGGUCCGCCUACUUUUGCAGCUGGUCAUUCCAUUGCAAUGAUGUCUGCUGUUCUUGUCUCAAUGGUUGAGUCCACCGGAGCUUACCAGGCAGCAUCUCGUCUGGCAAUAGCCACCCCGCCUCCUGCCUAUGUACUCAGUCGGGGCAUCGGUUGGCAGGGAAUAGGUAUUAUGCUAGACGGUCUUUUUGGAACAUGCACUGGCUCUACAGUCUCUGUGGAAAACGUGGGACUUCUUGGACUAACUCGAGUGGGAAGCCGUAGAGUGGUGCAGAUUUCGGCUGGCUUCAUGAUAUUCUUUUCCAUCUUAGGAAAAUUUGGAGCUGUUUUUGCAUCUAUACCGUUUCCGAUAUAUGCUGCAUUGUACUGUGUUCUAUUCGGACUUGUAGGUUCGAUUGGCUUAUCAUUUCUUCAAUUCACUAAUAUGAAUUCCAUGAGGAACCUCUUUAUAAUCGGUCUCUCACUUUUUCUCGGAAUCUCAAUUCCUCAUUUUUUCGAUGAGUAUUGGACUCCUCAUCGUCGUGGCCUAGUUCACACUAAUGCUGGAUGGUUCAAUGCAUUCUUGAACACGAUAUUCAUGUCGCCUCCGACGGUUGGGUUGAUGGUGGCAGUGUUACUAGAUAAUACGAUAGAGGUUGAGAAGUCGAAGAAGGACCGAGGAAUGCCGUGGUGGGCCAAGUUCAGAACGUUUAGAGGCGAUAAUCGAAACGAAGAGUUCUAUACUUUGCCAUUUAAUCUCAACAGAUUCUUUCCACCAACAUAAGUAGAUAUAUACAUUGCUCCAACCUUUUUUCCUAAGUAUGGUUGUCUUACUAAUGAAGCUUUAGGUUUCUUUUUUGGGAAAAAAAGCCCUUUUUUCAGUUAUUAA